ACGUUUUACGGUUUCGGGAUUAACAAAACAAACACAAAAGUGCUAGCAACUGCGAAAGUGACAAUUGAAAACGUCAAUGCUGCGUAGAAAACGAAGACAGCGUCAACGUCAGCGAUAGUUUACGUCAAAUAUUGUUGGGUAGCAGCGGUCGCAGCCACAUCAGCAACUGAGUAUCAUUUUGGUAAAUCUAUCAAAAUACUUUGUGCGGUACAACGAUAAGCAAUUAAUAAGUGGUCUCAUCAUGGCGAUAAAACCUGGCAUGGGACGUAAGUCCAGCAGCAAAAAUCCACCAAUUUUUAGUCAUGAAUUCGUUAUACAAAAUCACGCGGACAUUAUUUCCUGCGUGGCAAUGAUAUUCGUUGUGGCAUUGAUGGAUGAAUCUACUUCACCUUUCGCCACCGCUUUUAUUUCACUGCAUCACAAUGUGACUGGUGAGGAACCUAGUCGGGAAAAUCCGCAGGGUAAGCCAUUUACCUACGUGGCAGGCAUUAAGGAUUACUGUGCUAUCUUCUUUUAUACAUUAACAUGCAUCAUUAUGCACGCCAUCAUUCAGGAGUAUAUAUUAGACAAAAUAUCGAAGCGCUUACAUCUUUCCAAAUUUAAAUUGACGCGCUUCAAUGAAUCUGGCCAACUAAUUGUCUUCUAUGUGUUCUCGUUUCUGAUGGGUGCAAAUAUUAUAUCGCGGGAGGGUUAUAUGAACAAGUUUAUGCUGCUGUGGGGAGGAUAUCCCGAUCAUCCAAUGACGUUUCUGCACAAACUGUUCUUCAUUAUUCAAAUGGCUUACUAUCUGCACAUGCUGCCCGAACUUUAUUUCCAGAAGGUUAAGAAAGAGGAUCAGCAAGCAAUAAUAAUUCAUUCCAUAUCCGGUUUCUCGGCCAUCUGCUUGGCGUACACAUUUAGCUUCCACCGCAUUGCUUUGGUUUUGUUGACACUGCAUUAUCUUGGCGAAAUAGUGUCGCAUAUAAUCCAACUGAUUGGUGUUUUCGAUCGUGAGGAGAAAUUCGUUAGCGUCCGUUUCUUUAACAAUUCGUCGUUUGUUUUCGUUCGCUUUACUACAAUGGUUAUUGCGGUGCUAGUAUUAUAUUACGGUAUUCCUGGGGAGUACAUGAUGCGCGCCAAUGGAGCACUUAUUGGCCUAAUGGUGUUGCAGGGUUAUUUAAUUUAUUCAUUUACCACUGAGGAGCUACGUGCUACUCGCGAAGCACAACGUGAGGCUAAACUACUGCAACAACAGCAACAUGCGAAGAAACCAAGGGCAGUAAAGGAGAAAGCGAAAAAGAAGAAAGAAAGUGAUUUGCCUGAGGCUGAUCAGAGCCCUAGUCCUGUUAAGUCAAAGGUUAAAUAAACAUUCCAUAGCGAAUGCCAAAUUAACUACGUCCACCAGUAACAUAAACAAUAACAAUUUAAAUCAGCAACUUUUCAAAACUUACUUACUCAUCAAGACACAAGUGCUAAAUUAUCGAAAUUUUCUAACUGAAGAGCCCCUAGUAAUGUUUUAGAGUAUGCUUCCCGCACAGUUACACACACACAUACACGUCAGAUGGGUAAAAACGUAUGAAAGAUGUUGCAUAUUACAAUAUAUGUAUAUAAAAUAAUAUUAGUAAUGGAUUGGCAGUGGGAAAGGGAAAGCGAAGAUUGCAUUUACUUACUGUAUACAAAAGUUUCGUUGCAACUCAAUUGAUUGUGUACAAAUUAAACACUACAACAAUCUAAGCAAAAAAUCAAAAGCUUGAAGCCAACGCUGCCGCCACUGAUGCUGCUGUUGCUACCGUUAAAUUUAAGGCAUAUUUCUUUUAUAUGAAAUUAGUUAUUUUUGUUUUAUUUUUUAUACCUACUGUUUAAAUACAUUUUUACAAAACAAUUUCUAUCGUAAAUUAAAUUACAAAAAAAAAAAAAAAAAAACAUUAAACGAUACUAGUACAAUGAGUAAACUUUUGCUCCUAUCUGAAUAACUGUUUGAAUUUUUGAAUUCUAUAUUCGCUUAAAUUUACGCUAAUGUUUUAAUGAACAAAUAUUUUAACAAGAACAAUAAUUAUAUAUUAAAAAAUAUAUAUAUGAGGGAAAUAAAUGAAAAUACUUCUACACUCCACUAACACUUAGACGUUUGAGACUGAAUAAAGCUCAACUUCCAUUAUGAUUGUGGUGCAAGUACUGAACCAUGACAUUGCUAAUAUUAUUAUUAUUAUUACAAUUACAAUAAAUUUAGUAUUUAGUCGAAGUGUUUUUACACAAUAACAAAUUCACAAACGUAAACAUAAACAAUGCAAAUAUCUGAAUACUUUGCUACUGAAAAACUGCAAAUGUUGUAACUAAGUAGUUCUUAAGAGACUGUAAGCUUGCUUGAAUAUUUUUGUAUGAAUUAUGCACAAAACUAAGCAACAAUAAAAUAUAAGAAAGUAAAAAAGUA